AUGACGACCAGGCCUCCAACCCUCCCAGCCUCAGCCUCCAACCCUCCCAGACUCAGUCUCCAACCCUCCCAGCCUCAGCCUCCAACCCUCCCAGACUCAGCCUCCAACCCUCCCAGCCUCAGCCUCCAACCCUCCCAGGCUCAGCCUCCAACCAUUCCAGUCUCAGCCUCCAACCCUCCCAGCCUCCAACACUCCCAGCACCUGAUCCCUCCCAGCCUCAGUCUGCAACACUACCAGCACCUGAUCCCUCCCAGUCUCAGCCUCCAACCCUCCCAGCACCUGAUCCCUCCCAGCCUCAGCCUCCAUCCCUCCCAGCUUCAGCCUCCAACACUCCCAGCACCUGAACCCUCCCAACCUCAGUCUACAACACUACCAGCACCUGAUCCCUCCCAGACUCAGCCUUCAACCCUCCCAGACUCAGCCUCCAACCCUCCCCGGCUCAUUCUCCAACCCUCUCAGCCUCCAACCCUCCCAGCCUCAGCCUCCAACCGUCCCAGACUCAGCCUCCAACCCUCCCAGCCUCAGCCUCCAACCCUCCCCGGCUCAUUCUCCAACCCUCUCAGCCUCCAACCCUCCCAGCCUCAGCCUCCAACCCCUCAGCCUCCAACCCUCCCAGACUCAGCCUCCAACCCUCCCAGCCUCAGCCUCCAACCCUCCCAGUCUCAUUCUCCAACCCUCUCAGCCUCCAACCCUCCCAGCCUCAGCCUCCAACCCUCCCAGACUCAGUCUCCAACCCUCCCAGCCUCAGCCUCCAACCCUCCCAGACUCAGCCUCCAACCCUCCCAGCCUCAGCCUCCAACCCUCCCAGGCUCAGCCUCCAACCAUUCCAGACUCAGCCUCCAACCCUCCCAGCACCUGAUCCCUCCCAGCCUCAGUCUGCAACACUACCAGCACCUGAUCCCUCCCAGUCUCAGCCUCCAACCCUCCCAGCACCUGAUCCCUCCCAGCCUCAGCCUCCAACCCUCCCAGCACCUGAUCCCUCCCAGCCUCAGCCUCCAACCCUCCCAGCACCUGAUCCCUCCCAGCUUCAGCCUCCAACACUCCCAGCACCUGAACCCUCCCAGCUUCAGCCUCCAACACUCCCAGCACCUGAACCCUCCCAACCUCAGUCUACAACACUACCAGCACCUGAUCCCUCCCAGACUCAGCCUCCAACCCUCCCAGCCUCAGCCUCCAACCCUCCCCGGCUCAUUCUCCAACCCUCUCAGCCUCCAACCCUCCCAGCCUCAGCCUCCAACCCUCCCAGCCUCAGCCUCCAACCGUCCCAGACUCAGCCUCCAACCCUCCCAGACUCAGCCUCCAACCCUCCCCGGCUCAUUCUCCAACCCUCUCAGCCUCCAACCCUCCCAGCCUCAGCCUCCAACCCCUCCAACCCUCCCAGCCUCAGCCUCCAACCCUCCCAGACUCAGUCUCCAACCCUCCCAGCCUCAGCCUCCAACCCUCCCAGACUCAGCCUCCAACCCUCCCAGCCUCAGCCUCCAACCCUCCCAGGCUCAGGCUCCAACCAUUCCAGACUCAGCCUCCAACCCUCCCAGCCUCCAACACUCCCAGCACCUGAUCCCUCCCAGUCUCAGCCUCCAACCCUCCCAGCACCUGAUCCCUCCCAGUCUCAGCCUCCAACCCUCCCAGCACCUGAUCCCUCCCAGUCUCAGCCUCCAACCCUCCCAGCACCUGAUCCCUCCCAGCCUCAGCCUCCAACCCUCCCAGCACCUGAUCCCUCCCAGCUUCAGCCUCCAACACUCCCAGCACCUGAACCCUCCCAGCUUCAGCCUCCAACACUCCCAGCACCUGAACCCUCCCAACCUCAGUCUACAACACUACCAGCACCUGAUCCCUCCCAGACUCAGCCUCCAACCCUCCCAGACUCAGCCUCCAACCCUCCCCGGCUCAUUCUCCAACCCUCUCAGCCUCCAACCCUCCCAGCCUCAGCCUCCAACCGUCCCAGACUCAGCCUCCAACCCUCCCAGCCUCAGCCUCCAACCCUCCCCGGCUCAUUCUCCAACCCUCUCAGCCUCCAACCCUCCCAGCCUCAGCCUCCAACCGUCCCAGACUCAGCCUCCAACCCUCCCAGCCUCAGCCUCCAACCCUCCCAGCCUCAUCCAACCCUCCCAGCCUCAACCUCCAUCCCUCCCAGCCUCAGCCUCCAUCCCUCCCAGCCUCAGCCUCCAACCAUUCCAGUCUCAGCCUCCAACCCUCCCAGCCUCCUACACUCCCAGCACCUGA